GGCACCCUGUCCCCGCCCCCGGCCAGGCCACCCGGCUGUCCCGCCGUCUGUCUAGUGCCUGGGGAGCGGGGCGGUGGUGGCGGCGACACUGCCCGCCCACUCCUGCUCACCAAGAUGGCAAACUUCACACCAGUCAAUGGUAGCGCUGGCAACCAGUCUGUGCGCCUGGUCACGUCAGCCCACAACCGCUACGAGACAGUGGAGAUGGUCUUCAUUGCCACGGUGACAGGCUCCCUGAGCCUGGUGACCGUUGUGGGGAACAUCCUGGUGAUGUUGUCCAUUAAGGUCAACAGGCAGCUGCAGACGGUCAACAACUACUUCCUAUUCAGCUUGGCAUGUGCCGAUCUCAUCAUUGGCGCCUUCUCCAUGAACCUCUAUACCGUAUACAUCAUUAAAGGCUACUGGCCGCUGGGGGCCGUGGUCUGUGACCUCUGGCUGGCCCUGGACUACGUGGUGAGCAACGCCUCUGUCAUGAACCUUCUCAUCAUCAGCUUUGACCGGUACUUCUGUGUCACCAAGCCCCUCACCUACCCAGCCCGCCGCACUACCAAGACGGCGGGCCUCAUGAUCGCCGCGGCCUGGGUCCUGUCCUUUGUGCUCUGGGCGCCGGCCAUCUUGUUCUGGCAGUUUGUGGUGGGCAAGCGGACAGUCCCUGACAACCAGUGCUUCAUCCAGUUCCUGUCCAACCCGGCGGUGACCUUUGGGACGGCCAUUGCUGCCUUCUACCUGCCCGUGGUCAUCAUGACGGUGCUGUACAUCCACAUCUCACUGGCCAGCCGCAGCCGGGUCCACAAGCACCGGCCGGAAGGCCCCAAGGAGAAGAAGACCAAGACCCUGGCCUUCCUCAAGAGCCCCCUGAUGAAGCAGAGCGUAAAGAAGCCCCCCUCGGGGGAAGUGGUUCGAGAAGAGCUUCCCAAUGGGAAGCUGGAGGAGGCCCCCCCACCGGCCCUGCCACCCCCGCCGCGUCCGGUGGCCGACAAGGACACAUCCGAGUCCAGCUCAGGCAGUGCCACCCAGAACACCAAGGAGCGGCCGCCCACGGAGCUCUCCACCGUGGAGACCACUGUGCCUGUCCCGCCCGCCCCUGCCCGUCAGCCCCGGGCCCUCAACCCGACCUCCAAAUGGUCCAAGAUUCAGAUCGUGACCAAGCAGACAGGCAACGAGUGUGUGACAGCCAUCGAGAUCGUGCCUGCCACGCCGGCUGGCAUGCGUCCGGCGGCCAACGUGGCUCGGAAGUUUGCCAGCAUCGCCCGCAACCAGGUGCGCAAGAAGCGGCAGAUGGCGGCCCGGGAGCGCAAGGUGACGCGGACCAUCUUUGCCAUCCUGCUGGCCUUCAUCCUCACCUGGACGCCCUACAACGUCAUGGUCCUGGUGAACACCUUCUGCCACAGUUGCAUCCCCGACACAGUCUGGUCCAUCGGCUACUGGCUCUGCUACGUCAACAGCACCAUCAACCCCGCCUGCUAUGCCCUCUGCAACGCCACGUUCAAAAAAACCUUCAGGCACCUGCUGCUGUGCCAGUACCGGAACAUUGGCACCGCCAGGUAGGGAGGUGAGGAGCCGGUGGCUGUGGUGUGUGUUGGGGAGCCUCAUGGCUUCCCUGCUGAGGUGUAGAGACUCGGAGGUGGGGACGGCUCCUCACCCUGCUCAGCUAAGAGAACGAAGUCCCGAAGACCUCGUGACGCUCUGGCCCGACCGAUUGAGACCAGCUCGCUGGCUCACACCGUGGCGAUCCAGCCCCAGGGGCUGCCUGGCCCCGCAGGAGCUGGGGGCACUGGCCUAGGUGGGCACUUGCCCACUGUGCCCUCAACCCCAUCGACAUGGCACCUGGCAGGGAGAAGGCCAGGUCCCCCUCCACGGCCCCGCCCCCACCCCCCUCAGGAGGGUCAGUCCUAGGAGCAGAGGCUCGGGGCCAGAGAGGAAGCCUGAGGAGAGGUGACGUACUCCAUUCUGCUGUAAUUGGUGCUUUUGGCCCCCUGCACCCCGCAUGUAGCCUCAGCCCCCCCCCCCCAAAUCCCACUCCAGUGGCAGGAGUCUUCCCUUUCCGCAGCUGUCGGCCAGGCUCUGGUUGGGGGGUACCCUGCAGCACGCACUCCCCACAUGCAGGAGGAGAGCUGGUCAUGGGACCCACGGGGGUCAGAGUUGACCGGCAAUCCUCUGGCCUCUUCAGAGUCCCCAGAGAAGGAAUGGGGUGCUUCAGUACCAGUGUGGGGGCGGCAGGCAAGGUAGCCCAGAGUAGAUUCUUCAAGAUUGGCCGUGGGCUGGACCCAAAGACCUGUGCCCGGGGUGGGGCUAUGAGGAGAGGGGCCCCAGCCCCGGGAGAGAUGAGGGGUGGUGGGCUUCACAGAAGGGGGCAGGGUGUUGCCUGGUUCAAGAUUCAGGAGGGGUCCUGGGAGACAUUUCCACCAUCACCCAUCCCUGCUGAUUCCAUCAGCUGGAGGUACAAAGCCUCAGCCCCAACAUGGUUGGUUCCCCCUGCCAGCCUGUCUUUCUCCCCAUGCCCCCUCCACACACACAAUUCCACAGUAAACUCCCAGGGAAGGGGCUUUUGUAUAUUAAAAAAAGAAAAGCUUUUAUCGGGA